GGUCGCAUUCACUUCCCAAUACAUCUUUCAUUCUUUUCUUCACUGUGUGAAGCUGGUACAUUCUUUCAUUCCAUUAUCCAUCUUUUGAUCAACUUUUUCACUCUCUCACCACCACACAACACCUUCAUUCAACUUCAAGAUGUCUUUCAAGGCCACCGCUGCUCUCAUUGGCGCUUUCGCCACCACUGCCCUCGCCCACGGCACCGUCACUGGCUUCAAGACCGACGGCACUCCUCAGGAGGGUUACAAGCUCGACUACUACUACGCCAAGCUGAACGGCCAGACCGUCCCUGACAUUCCCGCUUGGUCCGCCGAGAACCUCGACAACGGCUUCGUUGCCCCCGAUGCCUAUGGCACUUCCGACAUCAUCUGCCACAUCAAGGCCGAGCCCGGUGCUACCACUGCCUCCGUCAAGGCUGGUGGCACUGUCGACUUCAACUGGUCUGCUUGGCCUGAGUCUCACGUCGGUCCCGUCCUGACCUACGUCGCCAAGUGCGAUGGCGAGUGCAGUGCUGCCGACAAGACAACCCUCAAGUGGGUCAAGAUCGACGAGGCUGGUAUCAACUUGGACACUCAGGUCUGGGCUGCCACCGACAUGAUUGCCAACAACAACACCUGGACCACCACUGUUCCCUCAACUCUUGCUGCUGGCAACUACGUCUUCCGUCACGAGAUCAUUGCCAUGCACGGAGCUGGCUCUGAGAACGGUGCUCAGAACUACCCCCAGUGCUUCAACAUUGCCAUCACCGGCUCUGGCACUGACAACCCCGAGGGUGUUCUCGGAACGGCUCUGUACACCUCCACUGACGCCGGUAUCCUGUUCAACCCUUAUGAGACCCUCACCAGCUACGAGAUCCCCGGCCCUGCUCUGUACGGCUCCGGUUCCGACUCUGGCUCCGGCUCCGGCUCGGAUUCCACUCCCGUCGCCUCUUCCGCCGCCGCCGUCUCUACCACUGCUACCCCUGUCGCCGCCCCUACCAGCCUUGUCACCUCGGUUAUUGUCCCCACCCCGGCUGCUACCACUGCGGCUGCUCAGUCUGUCGUCCCUUCGUCUACUGCCGUCGCCCCUGCUGCCACCGAGACUGCCAGCUCUGACAGCUCCACCCUCCCUGAGACCUUCACCCUCGACACCUUCAUCGAGUGGUUGAAGUCCACUGCCGGCACCACCGUGGCUCGACGACACGCCCGUGCCCUGAACUAAGUGUUGGAUACAAUACGAGAGAUGUGAUCUCAGUUUUUCUUCUUCAUGUAACUUAAACUUUAUGCGGCCUCAGUCGGACCCUAGUAGCAACACUGUCAAUACAAGUUGUACUCUGA